CCAAACCUACCGGUUUCUGGUCCCUGUUUUAGUUCACGCACAGUUUUUGAAAGAACAGAUAGAAAAAAAAACAUUAAUUAUUGAUUGUACCGUUCAAGACGCAGAUUUAUCAAUAGUCCGGUCGAACGGGCUAGAAAGAGGCUAAUUUCCGACAACGAAAUGAACCCAAACUGUGGGUUCAUGCGAAGGAAAGACGCCUCGUGCUUCCCUAUGUAAUGCGGGAAAUUAUCAACGUUCAAGUUGGUCAGUGUGGAAACCAAAUUGGUUACAAGCUUUGGGAAAUCCUUUGCUCUGAACAUGGAAUAGACGAAGAGGGACGCUAUAAAGGCAGCUGUAAUUCCCAGUUGGAGAAAAUCGAUGUUUACUUUGCUGAGGGUGCCGAAAAUAGAUAUGUACCGCGGUCUGUUCUUGUCGACUUGGAGUCGGGUACGAUGGACUCGCUCCGUUCUGCGCCGUUCGGAAAAGUUUUCCGACCCGAUAACUUUGUUUUCGGGGAAUGUGGAGCAGGAAAUAACUGGGCGAAAGGUUUUUACACAAAUGGAUGCAAUCUCCUAGAAGAGGUCUUGGACGCGGUGCGUAAAGAAGCCGAGGGAUGUGACUCGAUCCAAGGCUUCCAAGUUGCCCAUUCCCUUGGCGGCGGCACGGGGUCUGGGCUCGGCACUCUGAUACUUUACCAUCUUCAAGAGGAAUAUCCAGAUCGGAUUCUCAGCGCCAUCAGUGUUUUUCCGUCGCCGAAAGUUUCUGAGAUUGUUAUUGAACCUUAUAAUGCCACUCUAGCUGUUCAACAGCUGAUUGAGACCACUGAUGAAGUGUUCUCGUUCGAUAAUGAAGCGCUAUACGAUAUUUGUUUUCGGACGCUUAAGCUCGACACCACAACGUACUCUGAUUUGAAUCAUAUCAUAUCAACGACCAUGAGUGGGGUUACCACAUGUCUUCGUUUUCCCGGACAGUUGAACGCAGACAUGCGCAAAUUGGCCGUGAAUAUGAUUCCAUAUCCACGUCUUCAUUUCUUUAUGCCUGGCUUCGCACCGCUGACCAGCAGGCAAUCACAGACUUUCCGUAAUCUGACAGUUAGUGAGCUGACACAACAAAUUUUUGACGCCAAAAACGUUAUGAUCGCAUGUGAUCCUAGAAAUGGUAGAUACCUGACGUACGCAGCUAUGUUUCGCGGCAAAAAGUUAUCAAUGAAGGAAGUUGAGGACCAAAUGAAAAGCGUCCAGGACAAGAACUGCGGACAUUUUGUUGAGUGGAUCCCAAAUAAUGCUAAAGUUGCAGUUUGCAAUGUUCCUCCACAAGGAAUGAAAAUGUCGGCCACAUUCAUUGCGAAUAACACAGCUAUACAAGAACUGUUUAAACGACUCAAUCUGCAGUUUAGGGUUAUGUAUCGUAGAAGAGCAUUUUUGCAUUGGUUUACUGAGGAAGGAAUGGAAGAGAUGCAAUUUAAACAAGCAGAGUCAUGUAUGUUGGACGUAAUUUCAACGUAUCAGCAAUGUCAGGAUCUUAAAGUCGAUACAAGUCUUGACAACUUAGAAAUUACGGACUUAGAAGAGUUUGAGGAUUCUCUCGAGUCAUGGGAUUGUUUGGGUGGCCACGUGAACGGCCACGCGAACAAUUUGCCUCUCGUGACAGCGGGUCAGUGACUCUUCAACAAAGAAAGAUUGCUUUGGUUUACUUCAAUUUUGCAUUUCUUACCAUUUAAGGAAUGGAACGCCUUACAUGGCUUUUAUGGCUACUGAGGUAUCGAGCUAAAAAGCGGCUUCGAAUUAUUGAACAUUUUGAAAACUGUGAUUUAUAAAAAUUCAUUCAGAUCUCUUAUAAAGAUUGUCAACGUUAGGAUUCGUUAUAACAGCUCCAGUGUCCUUCAACGAUCUGACUUUUCUAAUGAAAAAGUAGUUUUAUUUUUUCUGUUUGAUCACGCUAGCUUAAGAAAUAAAUAUAAUCCUUUUGUAAAAGUGGCCCUUGCAAUUGCUACAACGUUUCUUUUACUUUAAGCUUUAAAACUGCAUGCCGAAAAGGGCUCGAGAUUUUGGGAGAAUAUCGAUAGCAGUCCGAUUAUUUUCGAUGGCAAAAAACAAAACGGAGGAGCUGAGAAGGGUAUGCAGCCCCAUCCACUCUUGUACAGCAACAAAAAAAUAAUGAAUAAUUUGAAAAACUAUUGCAGGUUAAAUUUAACGCACAAAGGUUGCAACUGCCACUGGCAAAGAAGACGCACUUACAACUCAAAGAGGAGAGUUGUAUGAAUAUUGCAGGAAUGUUUUGUUUAAUUUGCAUUGUUGUGCGAUACAUUGCAGCAGAUACUGAUGCAGUGAUAUUACUUUCCGUUUUCUUACACCAGCGCGGAUAAUUUA